AUGGCGGAACAAACAGAAAGGGACGAUGUCGAUAAAAUGAUGAAAUCGGGGUCCUCUGUCGUGUUACCUAAAGGCAUGAAUAGUAAAGAAAUAAGCGACAAAGCAAAAGUUAAAAAAUUCGACGCCAAAGCGAACCGGAAAACAAGAAGUUCUGACGGAUUCCAGGAAAUACAGUUUGAGGCGUGCUCCAGCGGCCGCUCAAGGUCACCCUCUGUCAGAACCGACAACAGCAUUUUCCCUUCCCGGCCCCCGUCUGCUUCCACUGAAAUGUCACCAAGGCUCCCGUCAUCUCUCGCUAACAGAUCUGAAAACAAAACACCAUUUCUGAACCUGGCUAUGAUAGGACCUGUAGAUUCCGGAAAGUCGUCAUUGACUGGACGGUUACUUUACAACUGUGGUGUUGUUGAUGAAGUAACUCUGACAAAAGCAUCCAAUGACGCCAUUAUUGCUGGAAAGCCAUCUUUAAAAUUCGCCUGGUUAAUGGACAAACUGAAAGUAGAGAGAGACAGAAACCAUUCUAUAGAUAGCAAGAGUCGGCGGAUGGAGACCUCAGUAUAUAAUAUGGUUGUUGUCGACUGUCCAGGGCACCGGAACUACAUUCACAACAUGAUUACUGGGCUUUCACAGUCAGAUGUUGUUGUCUUAGUUGUUCCUGCUCCUAAGAAAGAAUUCGAGCUUUCAAUCACAAAAACUGGACAACUGAGAGAGUAUCUCAACAUAGCAUACUCGAUGGGGGUCAAGAAACUCAUUGUUGCUGUAAAUAAAAUGGACGCAACCUCGCCACCUUAUUCACAGAUAGAGUAUAAUUCCUGUAUUCAUCUCGUGCAACGUGUUGCGCAAAAGGUUGGAUACAACCCCAAUAAAGUCAUAUUUGUUCCCGUGUCCGCCAUGAAAGGUGACAACAUUACAACACCGACAACAAACAUGUCCUGGUACGAUAACUGGGAGACGGUCAGCAGGCCAGGAAACCACGUGACUGGUGUGACGUUAUUAGAUGCUUUACACAAGACACAGCAACCAACGCGUAUGAAUAGCAAGGCACUGCGAGUACCGAUACACACUGUAUACAAAUUAGGGAAUAUAGGUAUCGUGGCGGCUGGUAGAGUUCAUGCUGGAUCUGUUAGACCACAAAUGGAGCUCAGCUUUGCGCCUUCCCAAAGAAAGUGUUCGGCCCGUGCAAUACAAAUAUUUGGCGAAGUAACAAACGAGGGACGAGCAGGCGACAAUGUAGGAAUUCAGUUUGAGGGACUGACUACAAACAAGGUUAAGAGGGGGUACGUGUGCGGGAACCUGUAUGAUGAUCCUCCCCGGGAGGCCAAACAAAUAACUGCACAGAUACGCAUAUUGCAUCACCCAGGGAACAUCAAGAAAGGUUAUUCGCCUUUGCUCCACUGUCACACCGCCAUGACGGCCUGUACCAUCACGAACAUCAUUGAACGAACGGAUGAUCGAACAGGCAUGACAGCUGAAGACUUCCCGACAUCCCUGACGACCGGAAACGUUGGUCUGGUGGAAAUGAUCCUCCUCAAACCAAUCUGUGUAGAGACGUUCUUUGAUUAUCCAUCAUUGGGGAGGAUUAUUUUACGCGAUUUGAAGCAGACGAUAGCGGUCGGGGUCGUCGUCAAGGUCACUAAAAGCAAUAUAAAAGACAUGAAAAGUUUAUUGAAAAAGCAAACUGAGGAAAAAGCGGCAGAUGAAACGGAACAGGAGGAACAGAAAAAUAAAUCAGAGGGUUAUGAUACACUGCGGUCCUUAUCGAGUGACAUUAAAAACGAGGAUACUGUUGAUGGUGUACAGAACAGUGUGAAAAGUGAGAGUAGUCCUGAGAGCUUACCAAAUACAGACAAAAUAGAAUCAGUAAUUGAAAGUCAGGAGCAGGGUAAAACUGAUACCGAAGAAGGUAUAACAAGUGAAGUACCUACACUGAAGCUAAAUAUUGAUGUACCAGGGACAAUGAAUGACAGUGGGUGUAUGGAAGAAGUUUAA